AUGCAAAGACAAAUAGGAGCCAAUUUGCGUGCGCAUAAUUUUCUCGAUGAAACACCAUUUUAUAAAGCUGUGGCUAUGUUGUACAAAAACAUGUCAGCAACGAAGAAUGAGGUAAAGAUGAUGCUGGCCAAAAUCACAGGAGUUCAUGUGACACAAGAUAAUUUUGAAGAAAUUGUGUCAGAAGUUCCAGUAGCAGUUAAAAAUCUAACUUAUAUUUUAACUCCUGGCUACGAUGAGAGUGUACUGAAGCUACACGAACUCAUCAUUGCUAUCGCAAUAUCAAACGAGCAACUAGUUGAUCGCCUACUCGAAAUAGAUAGGCUUCCCCUGGAAAGCAAAAAUUACUGUUGUGAAGAUGUCAACGUUGCCUUGUUUGCAGCUGUUGAUAAAAACAACUAUAAUAUCAUUAAGAUGCUGUUAAAGGCUGGUCUUAGAACCAACAGGUACCAUGGCAAGCUUUUUUUAGCAAUAGGGUUAUGGACCGAACAGAAAUUGAGCAUGAUAUGUCUAUUCUGGGAAUUCAAAGAUUACUUAACGUUUUGUUACAUCAUGAAACAGACUAUACAUGAAUUUUUUACAGGCAACUAUGGUCCAAAAAAACUCCUGGAGUUGUUAAUAUUUUACUUUGCCAUUGACUUACGUUUGAAUACUUUGUAUGAGGAAUUAAUCCCAUUGAAGGGACUUUUCAAGUUGGAUAGUAAAUCGGAAAAUAUUCUCACUUCUUGCAACAGUAAAUUAGAUGAACUGAAAGAAAAAAAAAUUGGUAUUAAAUCAAUGUUUGAUUUACUCAUGAUGCCACUAGAUUCUCUCAUCGAACUGCUGAAUAAUCCAGAUUAUCUUGACGCAUGCCAAAAAAUUUUCUCAGCCCUUGACAAUAAAACUGUGCUUGAGUAUUACGAAUAUGCGAUUAAAACUCGCCUCGAUUUGGCAAUCGAAAAGAGACAGUUAAUGGAUGUUGCAAAAGAUUGUUUGAACUGGGCUCUGCAAGAUAUUUUGAUACCAAUGAAGAUUUACACGUUGGACUAUCACAUUACUUGGAAGAUUUUGUCUUAUCUGACUAUGAGGGACUUGGAAAGAAUCGCAAAAAAUUAUUUAAAAAAAUAAUAGUAAUUUUACUACAGAAAUAAUAGCAGGGAAAUGUGCCUAUUGGACCCUGCAAAAUGGUCGUAGAAAAGCAAAAAUCAACCUUGAGCAAAAAGUGAAAUAGUUUAACAACUUUAAUGAAAUCGAUCAUUUUUACGCUACUUAGAUCUUGUUCCAUAAAAUUUAACUGCCAAAAUUGUUUAAUGAGUCAUAGUAAUCCACUAAAAUAACUGCAAUGGUGUUAAAUUUAAAACGUGACAGAAAAUUCUAUAGGGUGCUGUAAGUUUUCUUACAAAAUUCAUGAUAAUUUACUCUAAAAUAAUAAUUUACUGUAUCCUUAAAAUUGCCGGGCUAUCUGUAGUAUUGACA